AGAGGGAUAGAUUUUUAUUUGGUGUAGCAGACCUCUCUUCUCUGCCUACCUACCGGUCACUCGAACUCUUUUUAGUGUUUCCAACCACGAGUUUUGCGUUGAUGCCUUCGUGACCCCGAGAGAGAGUAAAAUACAAGACCAGAGAAAAAACCAUCAUUCAUAUAUAUAUAUAGAUUCCUCAACCGCUUUCUCAAAACAGUUAAAAACUAAAAUAACUACAAAUCUUAUUUUACUCUCAGCUUCCUUCAUACAAGAAAGAGAAAAAGCAAAGCAAACAAAAUUCCUUUAUCCCAUUUUUUUUUUUUUUCUCUCUCUCAGAUUGGAGCUUCUUUCAGGUCCGCCAUGGCUGCUGCUUCUUCUUCUUGGCCAAAACGCCGCGUUUUGGCGAAUUCUCUGAUCCUCUUCAUUCUGAUUGGUCUGUCGUGUAUCGUCGCCGCUGACGAUGUCAAACAGGACGACGAUACAUCACCUAAAUCUCCGUCCUGCGACAACCCUUACGAGUUGGUCAAGGUCAAGAGCUGGGCAGGGGGUGCUGAAGGAGAAACUUUAACCGGGUUAAAUGCAAGAUUUGGGGCUCUAUUGCCUUCUCAUGCUGAAAAAGCUCCCAGAUUGCCUGCUGUCUUUUCAAAUCCCUUGAACAGCUGUUCCAGUUCAUCUUCAAAGUUAUCUGGAUCUAUUGUCCUGGCCAUACGUGGUGAUUGUGACUUCACAAAAAAGGCAGAAGUCGCACAGUCAGGAGGAGCUGCGGCCUUGGUGGUGAUAAAUGACAAUGAAGAUCUUUUCAAGAUGGUCUGCUCCGACAAUGACACAGCUAUAAAUAUAUCAAUUCCUGUUGUUAUGAUUCCAAAGUCAGGAGGAGAGACUCUUAACAAAUCUUUAGCAUCUGGACAGAAAGUGGAACUUUUAUUAUAUGCGCCAGACCGCCCAGUUGUAGACUACGCAGUGAUAUUCUUAUGGUUGAUGGCUGUUGGAACACUUUUCUGUGCUUCACUUUGGUCAGAUUUCACUGCUUCUGAGAAGACUGACGAGCGCUAUAAUGAACUAUCUCCAAAGGAAUCUUCCAAUGCUGGAUCAGACAAAGACGAUUUGGAGAAGGAAGUCCUUGAUAUUAGUGCAAAGGGUGCUAUAUUUUUUGUCAUAAUGGCAUCUGCAUUUUUGGUGCUAUUAUAUUUUUUUAUGUCCUCCUGGUUUAUCUGGGUGCUCAUUGUACUAUUCUGCAUUGGUGGUGUUGAGGGAAUGCAUGCUUGUAUAGUUGGCCUAAUAUUACGAAAAUGCAGAAAAUGUGGGCUAAAGGCAGUGAAUUUGCCUCUUAUUGGGGAGGUUUCAAUUAUCUCACUUGUGGUACUAUUUUUCUGUGUGGCAUUUGCAAUUUUCUGGGCUGUUACUCGGAAGUCAUCAUAUUCAUGGUUCGGUCAAGAUGUUCUUGGUAUCUGUUUGAUGAUAACAGUCUUGCAAAUGGCCCGAUUGCCUAAUAUCAAGGUUGCUACUGUACUUCUUUGCUGUGCAUUUGUUUAUGACAUCUUUUGGGUAUUCAUAUCAAAAGCGAUCUUCAAUGAGAGUGUUAUGAUUGCGGUUGCUCGAGGUGACAACAGUGGUGGAGAAUCAAUUCCCAUGCUUUUGAGAGUCCCUCGACUUUUUGACCCUUGGGGUGGUUAUGAUAUGAUUGGCUUUGGGGACAUUCUUUUCCCUGGUUUGCUUAUUUCAUUUGCUUUCAGAUAUGACAAAGCAAACAAGAAGGGUGUAUUGAAUGGAUAUUUUCUUUGGCUGAUGAUUGGCUAUGGACUUGGCCUUUUCUUUACGUACCUGGCCUUAUAUCUAAUGGAUGGGCAUGGUCAGCCCGCACUCCUCUAUCUUGUUCCAUGUACACUAGGUGUUAUUGUUAUACUGAGCUUGGUGAGAGGUGAAUUGAAGCAGCUUUGGAAUUAUGGCACAGAAGAGGAGUCAUCGCCAUCACCAACCCCUAGGGAUCCUUCUGAAGAAGCUUAAAGCAUCAUAUUAGUCACAUAUCUUCCAAAAUGAGAUAAAACGGAAUGGCUCUUAUCUCCCUAGUUUGAAGAGGUUGACUUCGGAUUCAUCAGUAACUAUCUUGGCUCAAUAUGAUGUGAAGAAUACAGUUAAGAGCAGUACAAUUCCAAGGCUAUUCACCUCGAUGUUCACUCUUGUGUAUAUCAUCUUCUUUUGUAUUUAUUGAUCUUGCGUCUAUUUAAUACGUUCGUAAUAUUAUGAAUUGCAUCAUCAUUCUUGUUCCCUUUGAUGAAUGAUAAUAUACUUGGAAAGAACUGUUAAUUUUAACAUCAUACGGUUAGUGAAUUACUUAUAUCGAAAUGAUGGUGCUUAAA